AUGGCGACCAAAGGAAACACUUUGCGCGAUCGCCAGAUUGCUUCGCUAAAGAAGAUACUCAACUUGAACGAGACGGUCGACGCAGGCGAAGGUGAAGAGGCCCUGGCGAAUGGCCUCCUCGCCCCAGUGGCACCUGUUCUUGAUGCCGAUGGCAACCCCAUCUGGAAAGUCCUAGUCUUUGAUGACCUUGGAAGAGAUGUCAUUAGCAGUGUAAUGCGAGUGAGCGACCUACGCUCUAUGGGCGUUACCAUGCAUAUGCACAUUGGAACCGCUCGCCACCAAAUUCCCGACGUGCCCGUUAUUUACUUGCUCGAACCUUUGCCACAGAAUAUGCAAGCCAUCACAGCAGAUCUGCAAAAGGGGCUCUAUUCCCCUGCCUAUAUCAACUUGCUUUCGUCCAUGCCGCGGGUCGUCCUCGAAGAAUUUGCUACGCAGACUGCGACAGCCGGAACGUCAGAGAACAUCGCGCAGUUAUUUGACCAGUAUCUCAACUUUAUAGUUGCCGAACCAGAUUUGUUCAGCCUGGGCAUGCAAAAGGAGCACACUUACUGGGCGCUGAACAGCGCCAAGACGAGCGACGAACAAUUAGAUGCUGUUGUCGACAGAAUAGUCAGCGGACUUUUCAGCGUUAUUGUCACCAUGGGUGUUAUUCCCAUUAUCCGCUGUCCCAAAGGCGCCGCCGCCGAAAUGGUGGCACAGAGACUCGACCGAAAGCUUCGCGAUCAUAUACUCAACUCCAAAGAUAACCUGUUUUCGAACGCGAGAUCAGCAGCAGCGAGUACGCCACAGUCCAGGCCAGUUCUCAUCCUACUCGAUCGCAAUGUCGACUUGAUACCAAUGCUCGCGCACUCCUGGACCUAUCAGUCUCUCGUCCAUGACGUUUUGAACAUGAAGCUCAACCGCAUUACAAUCGAAACCCCGGUCGACGAGUCCAACCCCAGCAGAGGCACCUCAAAAAAGGCUUACGAUCUCAACGCCAGCGACUUCUUCUGGGCCAAGAAUGCACCUGUACCUUUCCCGCAGGUUGCUGAGGAUAUCGACGCCGAACUUACAAAGUACAAGGAGGAAACGGCCGCCAUUACGAAAAAGACUGGUGUCUCCAGUCUGGAGGAUCUGCAAAAUGAUACCAGUGCCAGCGCUCAGCAUCUCAAAGCAGCGAUCACGCUUCUGCCUGAAAUGAGAGAACGAAAAGGUGUCCUUGACAUGCACAUGAACAUUCUAGCGGCGCUUCUGUCCGGGAUUAAAGAUCGUCAAUUAGACAACUUUUUCCAGGUCGAAGAAAAUGUCAUGAAACAGACCAAGGCUCAGAUUAUGGAGAUCAUCAAGGAUCAAAACAAGGGCAACGACUCCACAGAUAAACUACGACUGUUUGUCAUCUGGUUCCUCAGUACGGAGCAAGAAGUAGCUCGAGCCGACUUUGAGUCGUUUGAGAAGGCUCUUGCCGAGGCCGGGGCCGAUGUUUCGUCGUUGCCCUAUGUUCGACAGGUUCGCGCCACGACAAAGAUGACGCAGCUUACGACGAUCAACAACAACUCCAACCAAAACGCAUCUUCCGAUCUGUUUGGUAGAUUCUCUUCUAUUUCUUCGCGCCUCACCGACCGCUUAAAGGAAACCGGUGUGCCGACGGGUCUGUCCUCCAACUUUGAGUCUCUGAUUAGCGGUGUUAAGAACUUUCUUCCCGCCGACCGAGAUCUCACAAUCACCAAGAUUGUAGAGUCCAUCAUGGAGCCGGCUACGGCCUCGUCCUCGGCCAUUGCCAAGACGGAGCACUACCUUUACUUUGAUCCACGAUCCGCUAACGCACGCGGAACAAUGCCGCCUCCCAGCACCAUGCGUGCUGGAGGGAAUGCGCCUGGUGGCAUGCCUGGCCAAGCCAAUGCUGGACAGGCCGCAAGCUUUGGUCAAAGACGGCAGGGCUUCAGCGAAGCCGUCGUGUUUACAGUUGGCGGUGGCAGCAUGGAGGAGUACGGAAACUUGCAAGAAUGGGUCGCCAGGGCAGGCGGCGAAAAGACGAAAAAGCGAGUGGUUUAUGGCAGCACCGAGCUGCUGAAUGCCAGGGAAUUUGUUUCAGAGGAAUUAGAGCGGCUCGGAAAAGAACUUUCGCAAUAA